AUGCCUCAAAACAGCAGCGUGACUGAGUUUAUAUUGCUGGGGUUGACACAGGAUCCUCUGAAACAGAAAUUAGUGGUAUUAAUUUUCUUAGUUUUCUAUGGAGGGACUAUCGUGGGAAAUACACUUAUCAUUGUGACCAUCACCUUCAGCCCAACACUUGAGAGCCCCAUGUACUUCUUCCUGUUCUACUUGUCUCUCUCUGACUCCUGUUUUUCAACAACCAUGGCCCCGAGACUCAUUGUAGAUUCUUUCUCUGCAAAGAAAAUCAUUUCGUACAAUGAAUGCAUGACCCAAGUUUUUGCACUGCAUUUUUUUGGCAGCUUGGAGAUCUUCGUCCUUAUUUUCAUGGCUGCUGAUCGCUAUGUGGCCAUAUGUAAGCCCUUGCGCUACCCAACCAUUAUGAGAAGGCAGGUGUGCCUCAUCUCCAUUGUGUUUGCCUGGAUCGGGUCUUUUGUACAUGGCACUACUCAGAUUAUCCUGCUCUUGAGACUGCCCUUCUGUGGACCCAAUUUGAUUGACCAUUACUGCUGUGAUUUGCAGCCCCUAAUGAAGCUUGCCUGCAUGGACACAUACGUGGUCAAUCUGCUGUUCGUUUGCAACAGUGGGGCCCUUUGCUCCUGCAGUUUCAUUGUUUUGAUGAUCUCAUACAUAGUCAUCUUGCGCUCACUGAGAAAUCACAGUGCAGAAGGGAGGAAGAAAGCCCUCUCCACUUGCACUUCUCACAUCAUUGUAGCGGUAUUAUUGUUUGGUCCUUGUAUAUUCAUAUAUACACGUCCACCAACCACUUUGCCCAUAGACAAGAUGGUGUCAGUGUUUUAUACCAUUGGAACACCCUUUCUCAACCCACUUGUGUAUACUCUGAGGAAUGCAGAAGUGAAGAAUGCCAUGAGAAAGCUGUGGCAUAUGAAAAAAAUGAUUGAGUAA